AUGCCUCCGUCUGUCCUCGAGCCCGUCAUAUCUCCCGAGCAACCCAAAGAAACAGAACAAAAAAGCACUCCUGCAACCACACCUCCCAGCAACCCCGCGCACGACGAGCACCAAUACCUCUCUCUAAUCCGCGACAUACUCCAAAAUGGCGAGUACCGCCCCGACCGCACCGGCACCGGCACCUACGCCGUCCCUUUCCCGCCUCAAAUGCGCUUCUCCCUCUCACGACCCUCGUCCGACCCCACACAACCCCCGCAACUCAUCCUCCCCCUCCUCACCACCAAGCGCGUCUUCCUGCGCGCCGUGAUCGGCGAACUCCUCUGGUUCAUCGCAGGCAGCACACACAGCCAGGCACUCUCGGACGCCGGGAUCAAGAUCUGGGACGGCAACGGCAGCCGCGCGUACCUGGACAGCGUGGGACUCUCGCACUACGCCGAGGGGGAACUGGGCCCCGUGUACGGCUUCCAAUGGCGGCACUUUGGCGCCGAGUACAAGGGCCAUGCGCACGACUACACGGGUGAGGGCGUCGACCAGCUCGCCGACAUCAUCGACAAGCUCAAGCACAAGCCCUAUGACCGCCGCAUCAUCCUCAGCGCGUGGAACCCCGCCGAUAUCAAGAAAAUGGCCCUGCCCCCUUGCCACAUGUUCGCCCAGUUCUACGUCAGUUUCCCGGGCCACAAGCAGGGCGAAGAGCGGCCCAGGGGUGUCCUGCACUCGCUGCUAUACCAGCGCUCCUGCGACAUGGGACUCGGCGUGCCCUUCAACAUCGCCUCGUAUGCGCUGCUGACGCAUAUGCUGGCUCAUGUGUGCGACUUGACACCGGGUUCUUUCACCCAUACUAUGGGCGAUGCACAUGUCUAUCUCGACCAUGUCGAUGCCCUCAAGGAGCAGGUCCUGCGUGACCCGAGAGACUUCCCCGAGCUGAGGAUCAAGCGGGAGGGUGGCGGUAGUAUAGAUGGGUGGGUCGCUGACGACUUUGAGGUCGUGGGGUACAAGCCGCAUGCGAGUAUUGCGAUGAAGAUGAGUGUGUAGCUUGAUUUACAAUGGUCGUUGGGAGGAAGGGGGUGUGGCGGUGCGAUAUAUACAAGGGCGGUGGGAUAUACAAGGUUAUAUGUAUAAAUAAAUACAACGAAUGUAAC